AUGCUGGGAACCCUAACCCUCCCUUCUCAGCCAUGUUUGGCCUUCCGGCCACGGCCCCGCCACCGCCGCCGUGGAAGUUCCGUCGUAGCCGAGGUGGCGCCGCACGCCGCCGGCGUCGACAACAGGUGCCUGUACGAGGUCCUCCGAGUAGAGCGCGGCGCGUCGCAGGUGGAGAUCAAGGCGGCGUACCGCACGCUCGCCAAGGUGCACCACCCCGACGCGAAAUCGCGGUUUAUUGAAUCUUCGAUUGCUACGGCGGCGGACGGACGAGAUUUCAUCGAGAUCCGCGACGCCUACGCCACGCUGUCGGAUCCGGAUGCGAGAGCUGUGUACGACUGUAACUUGAACUUGAACUCGAAACGGCGGUGGAAUGUUGCCGCCGGUUUGUCCGGGUUUCAGAGUCCGGGUAGAGGGAGGUCCUACCCGACCCGGCGGUGGGAAACGGAUCAGUGCUGGUGA